AUGGUGAACAAAUCAAGGAAAGAUUGGUCUCUCAAACUUGAUGACACGCUAUGGGCUCUAAGGACGGCGUACAAGACUCCAAUCGGCACGACCCCCAAUAGGGUGGUCUAUGGAAAGGCUUGUCACUUGCCGGUUGAGUUGGAAUACAAGGCUUGGUGGGCCAUCAAAGAGCUCAAUAUGGAUUUAUCGUUGGCCGGUGAGAAGAGAUUGCUUAAGAUCAUUGAACUUGAAGAGCUUAGAGAUGAUGCUUAUGAAAGCUCAAGGUUAUAUAAGGAGAAGAACAAAAAUUGGCAUGACCAACAUAUUCAAAACAAGAACUUUAUGGUUGGAGACAAGGUUUUGCUUUUCAACUCAAGGCUUCGUUUGUUUCCGGGUAAACUCAAGUCAAAGUGGUCGGGUCCUUUUGUGAUAUAA